GGGAGCAGCGCGCGAUGCCCACGCGCCCGCGGGGCCCAAGAGGCCCAUGAUGGAGGCUCUCCUCUUGCUCGCGGCCGUUGGCUUCUCGCCGCGGGCGGCCGCCUACACGUCGACAGGCGCUUGCCGCGCCCCUGGACGCACUCAGGAGCGAGAGCCUCAACCUGCUCAGCACACCAGGCUCUACGUGUACAACCCUCUCUACCUGACGGGCAGCACCCGCGCGCAGGAGAUCACCUGCGAGCACUACAUGGGCGUGAUCCUCUUCCCUGGGACGAGCCGCCGCCCGACACUGGACGGCCGCCACAGCCUCUCUCAGCACGACUACCACUGGGAGCUCUCCUGCGGCCGGACCAACAAGAGUUGCGGGGGGAACAUCUUCCUACAUCAGCGGUUUCCGCAGGCGGUCACGUUCCUCCCCAAGAUGGUGCGCCAGCACGCCCAGCAGCUCAGGGACCUCGCGGCCUCGGAAUGGAUCAGCAUCGUGACCCCGCCCACGGCUACUUCGAUCGUCGCAGCUCGGGAAGCGGGCAAGAUGUACGCAGAGGCGGAGCAGGUCCCCGAGGCGAAGCUGCGCACGCGCCACUACGACCAGUACACCAGGAUGCAGUUCGCUAACGCGGACCAGAUCACACUGAAGAGCGUCAACCCAGACGGCCCUCGGGAGACAUGCCUCGACGUUCUGGGCGGCCGCCAGAAGAUGGGGACGGCCCCUCUGGGCCACCUGGAAUCGAUGGCCCAGAAACUGCUAGACAAGAACCGCCAGAUCCACUACGGCCAGAAGGGCUGA